AUGGGCGGAGGUGGAAAGAUCCCGUAUCCCAAGGAAGUCUGGUCCCCCGCUGGUGGGUGGUAUGCCCAGCCGGCCAACUGGAGGGUCAACACCGCCAUCAUGGGCGCUUUUGUCAUUGGUAUUGCCGCCGUGACCUGGAGCGUCAGUGCCGACCGCGAGCGCCGCGACCGCAUGCCCGAGCCCGGCAGAUUCUUCCCCAGCCGAUACUGGAGCAAGCAGAUCCUUGAGCACGAGAGACAACAGAAGAACGACUCAUAG